UUUUCUUUUUUCUUUUCUAUUUUCUCUUUUAUCCUUUUCCCCCAAUGAGUUCAAUUGCGAUAUCAGCUCAAGCAACCACACCCGCUACAGUAGAUGCCAGCACAGCUACUUUGGUCCCUGCUUCUACAACCACUUCUGAUCCCGUGAUCCCAGCUUCCACUACAACCACUGUGGAUCCUCCUAUCACAACGCCUCUUCCUACUAGUAACGAUCCCGUUACUACCACAAACCCUCCUGCCGAAACCACUACACCCAACCCUACCACUACUACGAACAAUAAUGGGUCUCCUAGCAGUAGCACAACAACAACACCAGCUGCAACCAUAACAACCACCACCAGCAGUCGUAGUCCAUCAAUGACUACCAGUUCAACGAGAGUGGUCACUUCAUCCGCUGUUCCGGUAGUCACUGUUAGUACAUCAGGUACUGCCACUUUUACCUACACAUCUACAUCUUACAGUAGUUAUGAGACCACCGUACCCACCGUAGUUUCUACCGAAGCCCAACCCUCCAAGUCCAACACUGGUGCUAUUGCAGGAGGUGUCGUCGGUGGUAUUGCUGCCAUGGCUAUACUAGCACUUGUAUUUUUCCUAAUGAGACGUCGUCGCAAUAAUAAUAACCGAAAGAAGACGUAUGAUAACGAUGAUGUGUUGGAUGAUCCUCAUGUAUUUAACGAGUAUAAUACGUAUGGAUCGCCUACGGUGGUUGGAUCGGAUGGUAAUAGUAGUCGACCGAUGAGUACAGUGGGUGCUAAACCUCGACCUUUUGUGCAAGCGUAUAAUCCACCGACAGUAGAUCAACAACAACAGCAAUAUGAUGUAGGAGGGUAUGAGACUCAGCCACAGUAUUAUCCUGAAUACCAAGCAGGGUAUGGACAGACGAAUAAUUAUGGGUAUGAAGGAGGAUACUAUGGAGGUCAAGCACCAGCGGUAGCAGCGGCUGAGCCCAUGAUAAUGUCGUCAGGAAGAAAUGUGCCUGAUGAGGCUGAUUAUCCUCGUCAUGUUCCCGAUGAAAAAGAUCCAGCGCCACCAGCCCGAAAAGCUUAAAAAACUAUUUAUGAAACUAUUUAAUAUUUAAUCAUGAUAAAUUAUAUUUUUUAAUAACUAAAUACUAUUCUAUUAUGAAUAGGGGGGAUACGUUA